GUCAGCUUCAUCAUAGUUACAUCUUGGCUAAACAUCCACCGUGUCCUUUGGUAUAGGCAAUCAACUCUAUCCAGUACUCAACACCACCAAUACUACCAAUACUACUAAAUACGUGAACGUUCCAAGUCAAUAUAGCUCGAGUCACGACUCGACCCAACUAUCGAAUUCCAACAUUCUCGAAGCGCAACUCCGCCAACCUUGUCCUAAAUACAAUAUUAGAGAUCCAAGAGCCUAGAUACCAUAAUGACCGACCUACAAGGACGUAAGGUCUUCAAGGUCUUCAACCAGGACUUUAUCGUCGAUGAGCGGUAUACAGUUACUAAGGAGCUAGGACAAGGUGCUUAUGGUAUCGUUUGCGCUGCUGUUAACAACCAGACCAAUGAGGGUGUCGCCAUCAAGAAGGUCACCAAUGUCUUUAGUAAAAAGAUUCUGGCUAAGCGCGCCUUGCGCGAGAUCAAGCUCUUGCAACACUUCCGAGGCCACCGUAACAUCACAUGUCUUUACGAUAUGGACAUCCCUCGACCAGAGAAUUUCAACGAAACAUAUUUAUACGAAGAAUUGAUGGAAUGCGACUUGGCUGCGAUUAUCCGUUCUGGCCAACCGCUUACUGAUGCUCACUUCCAAUCAUUCAUCUAUCAGAUCCUCUGUGGCUUGAAGUACAUUCACUCUGCGAACGUUCUCCACCGCGACCUGAAGCCAGGUAAUUUACUCGUCAACGCCGACUGCGAGCUAAAAAUUUGUGAUUUCGGCCUGGCUCGCGGCUUCUCGGUCGACCCCGAAGAGAACGCUGGCUAUAUGACUGAAUAUGUCGCUACACGAUGGUACCGCGCACCCGAGAUCAUGUUGAGCUUCCAGAGUUAUACAAAAGCUAUCGAUGUUUGGUCCGUGGGAUGUAUUCUUGCUGAACUCCUCGGAGGACGACCCUUUUUUAAGGGGCGCGAUUACGUGGAUCAGCUCAACCAGAUCCUCCAUAUCCUUGGAACACCGAAUGAAGAGACCCUCUCGCGAAUCGGUUCUUCGCGCGCCCAAGAGUAUGUUCGAAACUUACCCUACAUGGCCAAGAAACCAUUCCCUACUCUCUUCCCCAACGCCAACCCGGAUGCGCUUAAUCUCCUCGACCGAAUGCUGGCUUUCGACCCGUCUUCGCGCAUCAGCGUCGAGCAGGCCCUCGAACACCCUUAUCUACACAUCUGGCACGAUGCAUCCGACGAGCCCGAUUGUCCGACAACCUUCAACUUUGAUUUCGAGGUCAUUGAUGAUGUCGCGCACAUGCGUGAGAUGAUCAAGGAAGAAGUAUUUAGAUUCCGACAACUGGUUCGGACAGCACCGGGAAGCACCGGUCCGGCCGCAGGACAACAGGUUGCAGCAGGCCAAGUGCCAAUGCCUAGCGGCGGCAAUUCCCAGUGGCGCGCCGAAGACCCGCGACCCCAGGAAUACCUGGAUCAGAUGGGACUGGAAGGCGAAUUGCAGGGUGGCCUAGAUGCUGGUGGUAGAAGAUAGGAUCUCUCCCUCGAGCGUGUCUGGGCGGCGGCGAAUGCGGACUCAACCGAAUCAGGGAAGCGUAAAUGCAGAAGUUUGCCAAGGCGAUUUAGCUGUUACAAUGAGAAGAUUCUCAGAAGAGAAUAUCUGUGUUGGUGAUGCUCCGUUGAAGC